UGCAUGGCUCAUUGUUCUGGUCCUGGAGACAGAGAAGAUGUUGAGUCGACUAAUGAGCGGAAGUGUCAAAAACCUGGACCGAGAAUUCAGCUGCACUAUCAGGCUGCUGGACGACACGGAAUAUACCUGCACCAUUCAGCUCAGUUUCACAGACACACCGGAUGUAACCUUCAGUGUGGCUUCUGUCACACCAACUGUCUGCCCUUGCAGCUGAGCUCGUCCACUUCCUGCCUCUGCGUGUUGUGCACCAGACUUCUACCUCUGAUAAGAGCACACAAACCAUAAACUACUUAUGUCUCCUAAUAUAGUCAAAGCUGGCUACUAAAACUGGCUACUACAUAAGCGAUAUUUCUAUAUUUUUCUCGACACAGCCCUCUGCUGCUAGAUUUCCAUAGCAACACUGCUUAGCAAUGGAAAAUACCUACUUUACCUCCUCAAAAGGCCAACAAUAUCCUCUCCAACGACCUGGAAGAGCUUGAGGAAUAUAUUGGACCACUAUUACUAUACCUACGUCAACAUAAACAAAGAGUCGACAACAAAGGCAAACACGUCACAACACCUACCUACAAGCGUCCAAGUCCAUCCAGCUCACUGAGAGAGAAGCCAAAGAUCAUCAAACUUCAUCAUGCUGCACAGAGCGGGAUGCCAAGGGCCAAUAUUUGUUUGAUCUCAUCUGCCACCAUUUGAACCUGCUGGAGAAGGACUAUUUUGGCAUCAGAUAUGUGGACCCAGACAAACAAAGACAUUGGUUGGAGUUUACCAAGUCAAUCUCCAAGCAAAUGAAAUCCCAGCCCCCAUAUACCAUGUGUUUGAGAGUAAAAUUCUACCCACCAGAUCCUGCUGCACUCAAAGAGGAAAUCACCAGGUAUCUUGUCUUCCUACAGAUCAAGAGAGAUCUGUACCAUGGCCGGCUCCUCUGUAAAACGUCUGAUGCAGCUAUACUGGCAGCUUACAUCCUACAGGCUGAGAUUGGAGACUAUGACCCAGGGAAGCAUCCCGAAGGCUACAGCUCCAAGUUCCAGUUCUUCCCUAAGCAUUCAGAGAAGCUGGAAAGAAGGAUCGCAGAGAUCCACAAGACAGAACUGAUGGGACAGACACCAGAAUCUUCAGAGCGAAAUUUCCUGCAGAAAGCACAGAUGCUGGAGACAUACGGUGUAGAUCCUCAUCCGUGCAAGGAUGUGUCUGGGAAUCCUGCUUUUCUUGCCUUCACUCCUUUCGGUUUUGUUGUACUUCAAGGAAACAAAAGAGUUCAUUUUCUCAAAUGGAAUGAGGUGACCAAACUAAAGUUUGAGGGAAAAUCAUUCCAUAUAUAUGCAAAUCAGAAGGAGGACAAAAAGAUCAUCUUGACAUACUUUGCACCAACCCCAGAGGCCUGCAAGCACCUCUGGAAAUGUGGAGUGGAAAAUCAAGCCUUCUUUAAACUGGAGAAGUCGAGUCAGGUGCGCACUGUGUCUAGUAGCAACCUGUUUUUCAAGGGAAGCCGUUUCCGCUACAGUGGACGAGUAGCCAAAGAGGUGAUGGAACAGAGUGCAAAAAUAAAACGGGAUCCACCUGAAAUACACAGGUCUGGUCUGGUUCCCAGCAGAAGCUGUCCAUCUAUCACUUAUGGGCCACGGCUGAGCAGCGUGCCACGCACACGCAGGAGAGCCGUGCACAUAUCCAUCAUGGAGGGCCUAGAAUCACUGAGGGACAGUGCACACUCCACACCUGUGCAUUCGAUCUCACAUAGCGAUUCGUUCAUACCUCAUUCCCACAGCCAGGUGAAUGAGUAUGGCAAUGUUGCAGAAGUAAUUGCUGAGGACAACUACAGCCCAUCGGACAGCGUUCUGCCUACACCAGUGACCGAGCUCAGUCCGGAGCCAGCUGCUGUCACCACACGUCAUGCUAAUGGAACUCCCUGCAGUACUGAGGAGGAGAAGGAGGCUGAGCAGAGCACAGUGGUGGUGAGAGAACCAGGUGAACCAGGAACAACAGCAAGCACUGCACUGGUGGUGCCUGUCGUCACAGAGGUGGAAGACGUGAACAAGUUUGUCCUAAGCGUCCUCCGUUUGCUCCUCGUAACCAUCGGACUCCUUUUUGUUUUGCUCCUCCUCCUCAUCAUUCUCACAGAAUCUGAUCUGGAUGUGGCCUUUUUGCGUGAUAUCCGCCAAACACCUGAGUUUGAGCAGUUUCAUUACGAAUACUUUUGUCCCCUCCGACGGUGGUUUGCCUGUAAGCUGCACUGGGUGGGGGGCCUGCUCAUUAGCAAAUAAGAAUAAAGUGCAGAAAAGAGUGAAUCAAGUGAAAUAUGGAUGAGAGAGAGAGAGAGAGAGAGAAUGGGGCAGCAAGCUUGAAUGCAACAAAACGCAGCUCCUGAUUCUGGCAAAGUGCCAAGAGCUCGCCAUCUUCUUCUUCCCUUUAGCCCUUCUAUUUUUGUGUUUUGACAUUGUUUGUACAUCUGUUAUAUAUUUUUUAUACCUUCUUUCUUUUAUCAUUAUUUUUAUGAGAUGAUACCUUUUUUGAUUAUUUUCCCUUUUGGAACAACAAAAAACAAAACAAAACAGAAGAACAAGAAAUAACUUGAGUUUAUUUAACUAUAACACAUACUUCAUUACUGUUCAUUAUGCAUUUAUGGUAAAUCUUUUAGGAGGUGGCACAAGAAGCUACAAGCCAAUUGUUUAAGUGAGGUUGGAAAAAAAUGGAGUUUAUGAAGAAAUGGAUUUGAACAUUUUUGGUAGACAAGGAAUCCCUUCAACAGAAUUCACUCUCAAUUCCUCCCUCAUUUGCCUGUUAAUAAUUUAUACAAUUUCUAAUUAUAAUUUAUAUAUUAUAAUUUAUUAGGGUGCUAUACCUUAAAGAAAAUAACUCAAGCACUGAUUAAUUAAUGAGCAGCAAUUCACUUAGCACGUGGUUCAAGAAGUUGGUUCAAGAGGUGGACUGUUAGUGGAGUGAGUGUUGAAUGUUGCUAAUCAAUAAAUGGUGUGGGUACGCUGAAGUAUUUUGACAGAUUAUUUUGAAGGCGAUAUGGAAAAAAAAAAACUGACCGUUGCAACCAGUAAAUGUAGUGUUCUGCCAUGUGACCCAGGCCUGUAGAGGGGCAAUGUUUUUGUGUGUGUGUGUGUUAGACUUAAAAUAUUUGGAAAAUUCAGUAUGUAGCUCUUAAAAGAAUCUUUUGUGUAUAUUGAAUGUGAAUUUGAACAGACAAAAAAAAUGAGCAAGUUCUUCUGAGCAUUCGCAUAUGCAAGAACAAAGGAGUGUGAGAAAGUUUGUGACUAUCUUUUUGUGAGGGGAGUAAGGGAAAAUUAUUUAAUGGUUAAAUGGUUUGGGUGAAAGGGCGUAGUGUGAUCAGGCUAACCAAUAGCCAAUUUGAACCCAACACCUCAGCUAGUUUAAUCGAUAUCGGGUAUGCGUUACUCCCUAAACUUUGAUAAUGUUGGAAGUUGAAUGAGGUACAGAAUGUAAACAAGUGGACUAAUUUCUGAUGUUGUGCUAUAUGGCCUUAUGAACAUUUUCAGAUUUUCAUAUAAUAUACAGGUCAUAUGAUCCUCUAUCCAGUUCAAGCUCCUAACACCCACCUAUUAUUUGUUUGCUAUGACAGACAUUUGUUUAUUUAUUAUGGUUGAACCUUGAGGCUAUGUCCUCACAUGAUAAAACUGAAUGAUGAAUAUGUGCACAUUCAUUUUGCAGCCAUUGUAGAAUUUCCAUUGUGGAUUUAUAGCCAAAACUUCUAAAAGCAAAAAAUGCAAAAAAAAAAAAACAAAAACAAGAUAUUGAAAAUUGUUUAAACACUAUCACAGAAUAUCUCAGAUUUCAUUAAGCUUAGUUUGACCCUUUUUUUCCUUUCUUAGGGGUGUAGGGGAAAAUUAUUUAAUGGUAAAAUCUUAUCAUUUUUAAUAUUUUGAAUGGUGUGUCCAUAGUACCCUGCAGGGAAUCUGUUCUUGUGGUAGGUUCUUCCCAAAAGUGGGGUGGUCCCUAGUGACUGGGUGGAUAUGUAAAUAUGUAGGGUACGGGUAUGAGUGUGUGUGUGUGUGUGUGUGUGUAUUAUUUAUAUAUACAUAUAUAUAUAUAUAUAUAUAACACAGACACACACACACACACAUAUAUAUAUAUAUAUAAAUUCUUAAGCAUAUGCAAAGAAAUGUAGAGCAAAGAUGCCUUCAAAAAUAAUGAAAUUAAAUGUUUCUACAUUAAAAAUA